AUAUGGUAUAAUCUAAUAAUAGUAACACCAUCAGCUGCUGCUCACUUCCUCCACACAAUGUCUUCAGUAGUGGAGCCAGUCCCCCACUGCCCACUGUGUACCGACCGGUCGCCCAGCAACAAUUUUAAACUGUUACCAUGCCAACACUCGUACUGUGAGCGAUGUCUAGAGGAGCUGCUCCUGCUGGAGCCAGACGGACACUCGUAUGUACUGGCCUGCCCUUCAUGUAGGUUUCCUGUGAGUCUAGCCUCAGACGGGAUACUGGGACUACCCACCAUUGAACCAAGAGGAGGAGGAGGAGGAGGAGGGAAGGAGGAAAGAAGGACCUCCUCCUCUUCUAUAGGUCCUGUGUGUUCAAGGCAUGAUAAAGUGAUCCAGCUGUACUGUGAAACUUGUUUGAGUACUGUCUGCCAAUCCUGUGCUGUUGAAGAUCACGGGAACCAUCUUUACUACCAAAUCAACCGGAGCCAAUCAAAACACAGGGAAGAGGUGAGGGGAGGGCUCAAGGAUAUAGAGAAUAAGAGGAACCAGUACCGAUCCUCCUUGAGCAAAGUGAGGGAGAGAGAGGAAGAGGUGAAGAGAAGGAGUGAUGAGAUACAGGCGGAGAUUGAGUCACUGGCUGAAAGGCUGACCCAACUGGUGGAGGAAUCAAAGAAUAAUCUCCUAAAAGAACUGACUAGCAUCAAAGAGAAGAAGCUGAGGGUAUUACUGGACCAGAGGACCCUGGGGGAGGAGAGGCUGGUGGAGAUAGAGAGAGUGAGUGAAUCACUAGAGCAGUUUCUAUCAAUAGAAUCAAACCAGCAGUUCCUCUCACAGAAGAAGACGAUGAUGGAACUCAUUGAUAGAGUGAACACAGGGUCUGGUCUAUCAGAUUUUGAACCAAACGAGAGAAAUGACAUUAAAUUCAAAGGAUCAGGCAGCCUGCUGGUCCUCAAUAAAACCAUUGGAGAGAUAGGAGGGACACUGCUCCAUCAGUACUGCUCUCCUACUGUCACCAGCAGUGCCAGUAUAGUCACUGCUAACAGUACUACCAUAUUCCACUUGAAGCUCAAGAGCGAGGAUAGACCAAUCUCUGUAUCAACUGAUUUAUUCUCUUGUAAGCUCCUCCCUCCUUAUGAAGCCCCACCCAUUGAUUGCGUAAUAAAGGAGGCAUGUCCUGGAGAGUACUGUGUGAACAUGAAGCCGACCAGCGAGGGACUACACAAACUAUCAAUAAAGAUCAACGACUGUCACAUCAACCGCAGCCCAUUCACCAUACCAGUGGCACCAGCGACCAGCGGACUAUCAACGACCAUUAUACCUAACGUACACCAACCAUGGGGCGUGGCAGUGGGUGGGGCCAAUAACGAGUAUCUAUUGAUAGCAGAAUCAGGAACUCAUGUGGUGAGCCUAUAUCAGACCAGUACCGGAUCCAAACUGAGAGCCAUUGGGGGGAAGGGUAAGGAGGAUGGGAAGUUCACUGAUCCAAGGGGUGUGGCUAUUACUCCGACCAAUCAGAUUCUAGUAACGGAUUACGACAGAGUGCAGAAGCUGACGGUUAAUGGUGGGUGUGUCCGGUCAGUCUGCGGUAAGGGGUCUGGAGCACUUCAGUUCCAGGAACCAAAAGGAAUCACCUGUUCCAAUAAUAGGAUACUCAUAGCAGAUACCAAGAACCACAGAAUACAGGUACUGAAUAACGACUGGAGCUAUUGCCAAUCAUUCGGAGCUGACGUACUCAGGUUCCCAUGGGACGUUACAUGUGAUGAAGAUGGAUACGCCUACGUAGUUGAUAAUGACACUCAUAACGUAUUCAAAUUCGACCACGAUGGGAAGUUUAAAAUGAAAUUUGGUUCAAAGGGUUCCGGACCAGGUCAGCUCCAAUGGCCAGCUGGUAUAAGCUACAGUAGGGACCACCUGUACAUCACUGAUGAUAACAACAGGGUAUCCAUAUUUGAUACAACAGGGUCCUUCAUAAGACACAUCACACUGGACAAGGGGGAUGCUGGUAACACUGGUACUAUGGAGGAGGACGAUGGUAACAUGGUCAAUGGACGAGUGGACAGACUGAAGCAUCCUUUAGGAAUAACGGUUGAUGAAUUAGGAAAAAUAUACGUCAGCGAUUGCUGGAAUAAUAGAAUAAUAAUAAUAAACAAUAAUAAUAAUAUUAAUAAAUAAUUGAUAGUUUAA